AAAGUGGCAUAAAAGAAAGUCCAACUUUACUUACCUCCUCUUCUCUAUAUAGUCAAUCAAUUCCCAUCUCCACUCCCUUUUCAUUUCUCCUACACAACACUAAUCUAAAAACCUCCACUCUCAACAACCACCACCACCGAUAUGGCCGAAAAAAAGUGUAGCCACCACAAGAGUAAGAAGAAGAAGAUGAUCCGACGAUGUUGCGCCGGAUUUCUUAUCUUCCUCUUCUUAGCUCUUCUUACUAUCCUCAUAGUAUGGGCCGUUCUUCAGCCCAAAAAACCCCGUUUCAUUCUCCAAGACACCACUAUCUUUACUUUCAAUGUCUCCGCCCCAAACAUCUUCUCAACCUCUAUCCAAACAACAAUUUACGCACGUAACCCUAAUAGCAAAAUUGGAAUUUAUUAUGAUAACAUGGAUAUAUACGCAACGUAUCAUAAUCAACAAAUCACGUAUUACACUAAAAUACCUUCGGUGUAUCAAGGCCAUAAGGACGUAAACAUAUGGUCCCCGUUUGUUUACGGGAAUAACGUCCCGAUUGCCCCGUAUAACGGGCCGGGCUUGUCAGAAGAUCAAGCAAACGGUGGCGUUUGGUUGGAUUUUAAGAUUGAUGGGCGUGUAAAGUGGAAAGUGGGUACCGUAACAACGGGCCAUUACCAUUUACAUGUCACGUGCUCUGCGUACGUGCCACUUGGUGAUCGCCCCGGUUACGGAGGGAUAAUGGUAGGAAAUAACGCCGUUAAGUACCAGCUAGCCCGGGAUUGCUCCGUCAGUGUUUGAAGUAACGGCCGUCAAGUUUGUUUUGAAGUCUCUUCUCUUUAAUUUUAAAACUAUUUUUAUAUUUCAUUAAUGUUUAGCUACUUUAUAGUUGAUGAAAUUGUACAUUUUGCUUUUUUUUAAAAAAAAUAAAAAUUUGGAAAGGAAGGGAAAAAAUGGGGGAAUUCACAAUCUUGUUACAAGUUGUAAUUUACUACAAUAUUAUCUUAUCAUAUUAUUGGCUUUUCUAUAAAAAUAAAAUAUUAAGUAUAA